AUGGGGGCCUACAAGAGGAUCCCCAUGGAGUUUCCCAAUGGUGUCAGGAUGCCUUGUCAAUCUUUCCUUGACAUAGAGCCGCUGGAGAUAGACUCUGGGAACUUUAGCCAAUCGAUUCAGACCAUGUUCCUCCUGCUGCUGACGCUGAGCCUGGGCUUGCAGCUUCAUCAGAUAGCGGCUCUUUGUCAGUGUCUUCUUCUCUUGAUUAUUGUAAAUUUGUUUAGCUGUCUUUCCCUUUCAGCUUUAUUCACGGUGACGGUCCCCAAGGAAGUGUACACGGUAGAGUUUGGCAGCAACGGGAGCCUGGAGUGUGAUUUCGACCACCGGGAAUGCACGGAACUUGAAGAAAUAAAAGUCAGUUUGCAGAAGGUAGAAAACGAUACCUCUUGGCCGAGUGAGAGAGCCACCCUCCUGGAGGAGGUGCUGCCCCUGGGGAAGGCCAUGUUCCACAUCCCCAGUGUCCGAGUGAGGGAUGCAGGACAGUACCGCUGUCUGGUCAUCUGCGGGGCCGCCUGGGACUACAAGUACCUGACAGUGAAAGUCAAAGCUUCUUACAAGAAGAUAGACACUCGGAUCCUAGAGGUCCCAGGGACAGAUGAGGUGCAGCUCACCUGCCAGGCUAGAGGUUACCCCCUGGCGGAAGUAUCCUGGCAAAACAUCAGUGUUCCUGCCAACACCAGCCACAUCAGGACCCCUGAAGGCCUCUACCAGGUCACCAGUGUUCUGCACUUAAAGCCACAGCCUGGCAGAAACUUCAGCUGCAUGUUCUGGAACGCUCCCAUGCAGGAGCUUACUUCAGCCAUCCUUGGUCCUCUGGGUUGGACUGAGCCCGAGGUCCGCAGCACGUCAGCACUGCGUGUUUUCAUCCCGUCUUGCUUCGUGGCUUUAAUCUUCAUAGCAGCGGCGGCAAUAGCCCUGAGACAGAAGCUCUGUGGGAAGCUGUAUUCUAGACAUCGUCUGUCUGUUCCUCACUGGAAGCAGCCAGUCGCCAAAAACCCCAGCCUGUCUGUUGCUUUCCUCGGUGGCACCGAGGCGACACCCAGUGAACUUCUUUCCACAUCUACUCUAGCUUUGUCUGUCAAAAAGGAAAUGGCCUCUCUGACUAUUUUAUUUGGAGUAGGCAGCACCAGCCAGGGGGAGAAGGGGUUGUCAUCCUGCACUGAUAGUGAUGUCACCCAUGUCCUCAUCUGUUGA